UCCCUACAAAUUAUUUUUCAUUGAAGACCAAUUUUGAAUCCGACCAAAUUAUUGUCUUUUUAUUUAGAAUUGUGUCUCCAUUGGCAUGGCUUGUGUUACACAAAUACCUAUCAAGAACAAAGCAGUGUAUUUCAAGUUCCACAGUAGACCAAGUUUGUUGCAAUAUUAUUAUAAACCCUUAAGCUUCAAGUGUUUAUAUGCAAAAAUGAAUGAUAGUAAUAACACGGUGACAAUGAGAAGUAGUAUUCUGAAAGAUCUUUAUGAGAAGCAUAGACAGAGUCCUUACUAUGACAAUCUCUGUCGACCCAUUUCAGAUUUGAUUCCAUUCAUUGAUUCUGGAAUCAGAGGUGUUACUACCAACCCUGCGAUAUUUGAAAAAGCUAUAUCAUCAUCAAGUGCUUACAAUCAGCAGUUGAGGGAGUUGGUAGAUGCAGGGAAAGGCAUAGAAAAUGCCUACUGGGAAUUGGUUGUGAAGGACAUACAUGAUACAUGCAAACUCUUGGAUCCAAUAUACAAUGAAAAAGAUAGUUUAGAUGGACAUGUAUCUAUAGCAGUUUCUCCCAAGCUUGCAAAUGAUACCAAAGGAACAAUUGAUGCAGCCAUAUGGCUUCACAAAAUGGUUGGAUGUCCAAAUGUUUUUAUUAAACUUCCUGCAACUGAUGAAUCCAUUCCUUCAAUAAAGGAAGUUAUAUCUCUAGGGAUAAGUGUAAAUGUCACUCUCAUAUUCUCUCUCCCUAGAUAUGAAGAAGUAAUUAAUGCUUAUUUGGAUGGUCUUGAAGCUUGUAGUAUGAAUGAUUUAUCUAAGGUUAGAAGUGCAGCAGCAUUUUAUAUUAGUAGAGUGGAUACUACAAUUGACAAGAAACUUGAACAGAUUGGUACUGUUGAGGCUCUUGAUCUCACAGGAAAGGGUGCGGUUGCUCAAGCAGUGUUAGCUUACCAGAUUUACCAGAAAACAUUUUCUGGUCCAAGAUGGAAAUCCCUGGAGAAGAGAGGUGCCAAGAAGCAAAGAUUGAUGUGGGCAUCAACAAAUGUGAAAAAUUCAUCUUACCCUGAUACUUUUUAUGUUGAUUCUCUUAUUGGACCUGAUACGAUUUCAACCUUACCAGAACAUGCUCUUAAAGCAUUUAUGGACCAUGGUAUUGUUUCAAGAACCAUUGAUUCAAAAGUAUCAGAGGCUGAACACAUUUACAAUGCAAUUGAGAAGUUGGGGGUUGAUUGGAGUUAUGUUGGAUCACAAUUGCAACAUGAGGUGCUGGAUUCUUUCACAAAAAGCUAUGACAAUGUGCUUCAAUGCCUGCAAAACAAGGCUAAUGCAUUGUGAAUUCGUGUAUGUUUGGUGUCACAGUGGUUUUGCUAGAACUAUAGUGAGUCACCGUGAUUUGAUAAAGCCUACUAUUAAGCCAAAACUUGAUGCAUAUGCAGUGUGGGAUCAUACUGUCAAAGCUUGGCAUGUACUAAUACCACUCACAAAAAUAAAUAAACUGCUUUAUCAUAUCCAUAAAUAAAUAAAUAUUCAAUUUGUUCA